GUAGCUCUUCUCCACAGCGCUUCGGCGAAGCUGAGCCAGGCGGGUUCCUGCGUCAACAGUGUUUGGACGGAACCGGCCGCGCUCGGACCCGCCGCUGCCUUCUCCAUCACUACCACUGCUACAACUGUUUAACCGCGCACCGGCUCACCUCGCUCAAACCAGCAGCCAUGGCAGCGCCUCCAUCCCAAGUGCGCCAGAACUACCACCAGGACUGCGAAGCCGCCAUCAACCGCCAAAUCAACUUGGAGCUUUACGCCUCCUAUGUGUACCUCAGUAUGUCCUACUAUUUUGACCGGGAUGAUGUGGCCCUGAAGAACUUUGCCAAGUACUUCCUGCACCAGUCCCAUGAGGAACGGGAGCAUGCUGAGAAGCUGAUGAAGCUACAGAAUCAGAGGGGAGGACGCAUCUUCCUGCAGGACAUCAAGAAGCCUGACCGUGAUGACUGGGAGAAUGGCCUGACUGCCAUGGAAUGUGCCCUGCACCUGGAGAAGAAUGUGAACCAGUCACUGCUAGAACUGCACAAACUGGCAACUGAAAAGAAUGACCCACAUUUGUGUGACUUCAUUGAGACUCACUACCUGGAUGAGCAGGUAAAAGCCAUCAAGGAGCUGGGUGACCAUGUGACCAACCUGAGGAAGAUGGGGGCACCCAAGUAUGGCAUGGCAGAGUACCUCUUUGACAAGCACACCCUUGGGGACAGUGACAAUGAGAGCUGAAGGCUUGCCAACAGCCACCCUCUGGGUUUCAGUGGGACUCCUACCUUACUGUCCAGCCAUGCAUGCAUCUUCAGCUAUCUAGAUCAGCAGUUGUCAUACUCUGUACCAAAUACUACCCUCUCCUCUUGUCUUGUGUGUAUUGCCCUCCAUCCAAUAAAGUGACUUGGUUCAA